AUGGCUGGUCUUCAAGAGAUUAACAUGUCAUUCGAGGAAUGCCUAGAUGACGCAAAGGCUAGGCUGAUUAUGGUGGCUUUCGUAAAAUUCAAUGAUGAAAAUUAUCAAGAUUUGAUGACCACGUUACAGGAGAUAAGCAAAGAUUACAAAAGGCUCAUUAUUCUUGCCGUUGAUGCCACAAAAAACCUUCAACUGGCUAGUGAUUUCAACGUCACUGCAUGCCCUACUUUCCUUUUCUUCCGACAACGAACUCUCCUCGGUAGACGUGUGACAACCAGAACAAAUAGACUAAAGAAAGAUGUCGAGAAAUACUCCAAAGUGUUCAUCGCUACUCCAUCCCUUCACGAAUGA